CUUGUGACACGUGUGUCAGCAGCAGCAGCACCGCAAUGGAGGAGAAACUGAAUUUAGAUUUGGAAGAUUUUUCCUCGGAGCCGUUUUUCGACGACAUCGUGAAGGAAAUAACAGAAGACCCUUCAAUUCUAAUUGGGAUUUUUGUCGCUGUAGCUGUUGUUAUUAUUACAUUCGUGCUCCUGAAAGUUUUCCUGAGCGCUAAGAAGACAAGAAACGCAGUAUUGCUAGUUGGUUUAUGUGACGCUGGAAAAUCUCUGAUCUUCAGCAGGCUGCUAACAGGGAAAUGCAUCUCAACUGUGACCUCCAUCAAAGAGAAUAAAGCUCCAUACAGAGCAAAAAAUGACAAGGGAACCAACUGGACCCUUGUGGAUAUUCCUGGUCAUGACAGAGCUCAGUUUGUGGAGAAGUUCAAGGAGACAGCAAGAGCGAUCGUGUUCGUGGUGGACAGCGUGCUGUUCCAGAAGGAGGUAAAGGACGUGGCCGAGUUCCUUUACUUCCUCCUGACAGACAGCGUGCUGAUGAACAACACUCCGACCUUAUUGGUAGCCUGCAACAAACAAGACGUCACCAUGGCAAAAUCAGCCAAACUGAUUCAACAGCAGCUGGAGAAAGAACUAACCACUCUGAGAGUGACUCGAUUGGCGGCGCUCUCGUCUCAGGACGGCUCUGUUCGUUCCACGGUUCACUUGGGGAAGAAAGGCAAGGAUUUUGAGUUCUCUCAGCUGCCCAUGAAAGUGGAGUUUUUGGAGUGCAGCGCGGUCGGCAGCAUCGAGGAAAAAGGCGCCGGAAUCGAGGCUUUGGAGAAGAGUUUGGCCAAAUUAUGAACUGAAGGGGGAAAAAACAACAAAAAAAAAAACAGGUUGCUGUUAGAAAUGUACAAAGUUGUGUGUUUGGACUCGUAGUCUUUUAUUACAUGGCUUUAAAUCAGUAUUGUUUUGUCCUUGUUUUGUAUAGUACACAGACAUCAGUUAGUGUCUCUUUACUUUGUUCGAGUUUUAUGAGGUUCCCGAACAUUCACACAGAUUUAUUUAUAUGGACUAUACACUUCAUCCAGAAGGGUUUCAUUUAACACCAUUAACCUUUUUUCAAGGUACCAGGAGUUUACUGUGUUUAAACAUUUAUUGUAACGUCCCUCCAUGCCUGCUUUGUGCCUUACGUCUAAAAUGUUGACUGUAUAUUUAUGGUAACUGCUCAGGCUCGAGCUCCUGCUGAAUCCUGUAAAUAAACUGUGGGAUUUUUGCAUGUUCAGCUUUUAA